AAGAACAUUACUCGCAGAACAAGUACAACAGAUGACAGUUGCAGCAGAACAUGAAGCACCACAAAAUAAACAAGAAAAGAAACUAAAUCAACACUAUUUAGAAACCACACAAAGAGAAAUAAAUCAAUUCAGAGAACAAGUAAUAGGAAAAGAUAAUACUAAAAAAGAUAAGAAAGGAAAAGCUAAAAGCUUAAAUAUCACCUUUAAUUAA